AUGGAAAGAUACCAGCUCUGGUCACCAUGGACCCCACUGGAUGAGAACUUGCGAUGGCUUCGGCACACAACACCAACCCUUUCCUCCAAACACCCGUUUAGGGUUUCUCCUUGUUUCCCAAAGAGCCCUUCUGACUUUGAAGUACAACAAUGCUUUCAGGAAGUCUCUAUAGUCUUAGACAGCCCACUGAUGGAAACUGGAGAGAGCCCAGAGUUUCCUGGCCAAUUUCCAAAUCAGGAGACCACCAACAAGAAGAAUGGAUUGGUUAGGAAGCCCCAGCCCGUCCGCCUCAUUGGAGUUGAUUCUGUCUUUGGCAGGAUUAUUACAGUCCAGCCACCCAAGUGGACUGGAACCUUCAGAGUUUCAGACACAUCAGCCUUCAGCAAAAUUAUCAGCAAGGAACAACAGUGGCCCAUUGGUCUCAAGGAGCCUCAGAUUGAGAUGACCAUGGCUAUGUGUAAACAGAUGCUACGCUCGAUCCUCCUUCUGUAUGCAACAUACAAAAAGUGCACCUUUGCCCUGCAACACUCCCAGUAA